AUGUCGACGCCUUCUGUGGCAUCGCUGUAUGUGGGAUACGCGGAGGACUUUGAAUCGAUCGAGUCGAUCAUGCGCAAGUUUGAAGCCCUGGAGUCGGUCAAGGCCAAGGCUGCCGCUGAGGCGGCGGCCCAGGCCGAGGCGGCCGAGGUGUCGGCGGCCGAGGCAACUGCGAUCGGUGAGGUGGUAGCGGAUGGCGGAGAUGAGGAUCGCGGGGUGGAUACGACCAGGGCGUCGAUGCCGGCACAGUCGGGCUCACAGGAACUGACGCAGGCACAGCUGGAGGAGGUGUUUCGGAUGACGUCGCUGCAGCCAGUCACGCUGCUGCAGACUGAUUUUGUGUUCGAGUCGGGCGACGUGGCGGCAGACAAGGCCGAGCUGGACCGGUUCUUGGAGCAAAACGAGGCGUUUUUCGAAAACUCCGAGUCGGACGACGACGACGCGGCGUUUGUGGCGGUGCUGGAGGACGACGGAUGGUGGGAUCUUGAGUAUGCGGCCAAGCCGAAGAAGCGCAAGCGCAAGCGGUCGCAGUCGUCCAAGAUGGAGGCCAAGAUGGAGGCGAGGCGGGCGGCAGCGGCGUUGAAGAAGGCGCGACGGCUGGAAGCCAAGGCGCGCAAGAUGGAGGAGGCACGGCUGCGGCGCGAGAUGCGAGCGCAGAAGAUCCGCGAGCGCAAGGCGGCGCGGGCGGCGGCCAAGAAGGCCAAGGCGUCGGUGCCCAAGCCGCGGACCUCGUUCAUGCGCUGCGAACUGCUGGACGAGUUUGGCCGCAAGUUUGUGUUCAAGAAGCGCGAAAAGGACGUCGACCCGCGUCAGCCGCAGUACAUCCGCCUGCCCGAGUACCCCCAGCUGCGGACAUGGUGCCACCGCAUCCGGCCCGCCGGCCAGCCGCCGUCGUCGCUCCCGCCCGAUCUCAUGGAGGCCUCUCACCUUGUUGGCCUCUCGGAGCACGGCCGGUCGCCCGGUACCGUCCGCGUCGCCGACAUUCUCCGCACGCCUUGGGAUGUCUUUGGCGAGGGCUACGAGGGCAUCCUGCUCUCACCCACCCUCCGCCUCGACUCGGAGCCGGCCUUCCCCAACUCGAUCUCCAUCUCGCAGCUCGAAGAGCUACGCCUCUCGGACGCGCUCUUCCCGGGCGGCCUCAUCUUUGUGUGGACCGACAAGCUCACGCUCCCGCAUGUUGUGCGCAUCUUUGAGGCCUGGGGCCUCAAGUACGUCGAGAACUUGGUGUGGAUCGUCCUCAACCGCAACCACAAGUUCCACGAGUCGCCUUCAUCGGUCUUCAAGUCGUCCAAGCUCACGCUGCUCAUCUUUCGCAAGUGCGGCCGCUCGCUCGACCUCCGCCACCAGCGCAACACUGACGUCAUCUUUGACUUUAUGCGCGAUCCGGAGCUGCGCAAGAAGCCAACCCAGGUCUACGAGACCAUCCGUACCCUGCUGCCGUACUCACGCCUGCUCAACGUCUGGGCUCCGCCAACUGCGCUUGACCAGCCCAUCCCGACCUGGGAGGCCAUCGUUGACGUCUCGGUCGUGCCGCCGACCCAUCCGAUGGACACGCUCGACGUCAUCGACGUGCCGCCCGCCAGCGUCCCGCUGGUUGCUAGCGUGCUGCCGCCAUCGCGUGAUACCCCGCUGCCAAUGGCGGUCGCGCCCGUCGCCACUGGCGCACUCUGA